AUGGGUUCUUCUUCAGUUAAUGGAGCAGAAUCAUCAUCGUCUUGUUCUUCAAAUUCGAAGUGGAGUUAUGAUGUGUUUUUGAGUUUUAGAGGAGAGGAUACUCGAGACAAGUUCAUCAGUCAUCUUGAUUUGGCCUUACGUCGAGAGGGUGUCAAUUUCUUCAUAGAUGACAAGCUAGAUAGGGGUAAACAAAUUUCUAAAUCUCUUCUCAAAUCUAUAGAGGGGUCUAGGAUUUCCAUCAUUAUUUUCUCCCAAAAUUAUGCAUCUUCCACUUGGUGUUUGGAUGAAGUGGUGAAAAUAAUUGAGUGUAUGAGAUCCAAGAAACAAACAGUUCUGCCAGUCUUCUACAAUGUUAGUCCGUCUGAGGUUGUAAAACAAACUGGUAUUUUUGGUGAAGCGUUUGCCAAAUAUGAAACAAAUCCGUUAAUGACCAACAAGAUUCAACCAUGGAAGGAGGCUUUGACCACUGCUGCUACUUUGUCUGGUUGGGAUCUUGGAAAUUAUUGGAAGAAUAAUGAAGCUCAUCUUAUUCAAGACCUUGUUAAGAAGGUGUCUAUAUUAAAACAAACACAAUUACUAAAUGUAGCCAAGCAUCCUGUUGCAAUCGAUUCUCAACUUAAAGCUAUUGAGGAAUUAGCCUCCCAUGGUGUGUCAGAUAAUGGUGUUAACAUGGUGGGGAUACAUGGGAUGGGAGGCAUUGGUAAGACAACUUUGGCCAAAGCUUUAUACAACAAAAUCACUUAUCAAUUUGAAGCUUGUUGCUUUCUUUCAAAUGUUAGAGAAACUUCAGAGCAAUUCAACGGCCUAGUUCAACUGCAAGAAAAAUUACUCAAUGAGAUCUUCAAGGAUAAUAACUUGAAGGUUGACAAUGUGGACAAAGGAAUGAAUAUCAUAAAGGAUCGAUUGUGCUCAAGGAAAGUUCUUAUGGUUUUGGAUGACGUGGAUAAGGACGAUCAACUAGAUGCAUUGGUAGGUGGACGUGAUUGGUUCGGUCGAGGUAGCAAAAUCAUUGUGACAACAAGAGAUAGACAUUUACUCGAAACAUAUUCAUUUGAUAAAAUACAUCCUAUUCAAUUGUUGGAUUGUGAUAAAUCUCUUGAGCUUUUUUGUUGGCAUGCUUUUAAGCAAAGCCAUCCAUCAAGGAAUUAUUCGGAACUUCCAGAACUAGUACGUUAUUGCAACGGUCUUCCUCUAGCUCUUGUUAUUUUGGGCUCUCUCCUUUGUAAGAGAGAUCAAAUAAUAUGGAAAAGCAAAUUAGAUGAACUUAAAAACUUCCCCGAACCAGGUAUUGAAGCUGUUUUCCAGAUAAGUUUUAAGAGGCUUCCAGAAAACCCCCCAGUAAAGGAAAUUUUCCUUGAUAUUUGUUGUUUUUUUGUGGGAGAGGAUGUUAGCUAUAGUAAGAAUGUGUUAAAGGCAUGUGAUCCUUAUCUAGAAUCAAGAAUUAUAAUUCUCAUGGAUCUUUCUCUUGUUACGGUUGAAGACGGCAAGAUACAAAUGCAUGAUUUAAUUCGACAAAUGGGUCAGAUGAUUGUACGUCGUAAAUCUUUUAAGCCAGAAAAAAGGAGUAGGCUGUGGGUGGCAAAAGAAGCUGUCAAGAUGUUGAUAGAAAAAUCAGUGAGUAACCUUAUGUAA